AUGGCGAGAAACCAAAGUUGUUUUGGUCAAAACCUCCGGACAAGUUCUUAUGUCUGGGAAAACUUCUUUGGAAUUUUCAUUACCCUCUCUGGGUUGGUGUUCUUUAUAUAUCUCAUUGGAAAUGUGCAGAUAUACCUACAGUCCAAAAGUGCAAAAUCAGAAGAGAUGAGAUUAAAGGGACAAGAGAUAGAGCAGUGGAUGGGUUUUAGAAAGCUGUCAAACAAUCUUCAACAGAAGGUUAGGAAAUAUCGACAAUAUGUAUGGCGAGAAACCAAAGGUGUUGACGUAGAAAAUUUGGUUAAAAAUCUUCCCAAGGACCUUAGAAAUAGAGUAAAGAGUGAACUCGGCUUAGAAUUACUGUUGAAAGUACCACUGUUUCAAAACAUGAAUGAACCACUUUUGAAUGAAUUGUGCGACCGACUCAAGCCGAUGCUGUACACAGAGGAUAGUUACUUUGUUCGGGAGGGUCACCCAGUUGAUGAGAUGUUGUUUGUCAUGCAAGGCAAGCUAUCAAGCGUGGCAACUGAUGGUGGAAGAGCACGUUUCUAUAACGCUUACUAUGUUAGGGAUGGAGACUACUUUGGAGAAGUACUUAUCUCGUGGGCACUGAAUCUUCAGUCCUCGAACGACCUCCCCUUCUCAACUAGAACUGUUAGAGCCCUAACUGAAGUGGAAGCCUUUGUUCUAACGGCCGCUGACUUGAAGUUUGUAGUCUCUCAAUUUAGGACUACCCGUAAUCAGCAAGAAUAUUUGUAUAGCUACUACACCGGUUGGAGGAGAUCUAGCGCAGCUCGUUUAAUACAGCACGCUUGGCGCGGAUAUAAGAAAAAGAUGCUUGAAGAAUCUCUGCUGCGCGCAGAAGAUAUUAUGUUGCAAGAUGAAUGGUUUAAGCCUAGCGGGAAUUCGUCAGGCUUACACACCAGCACGUCUGUUGAAUCCCUAUUCUGGGAUUUGGAUCCUCAUUCAUCUAAUUUUGCUUAA